AUGUCAGAUGUUUCAACUUCGGCUUCCGUUAAUACGCAAUUCGAUAAUAGCGAAAGUCAACAAUCGCAACAACUUUGUAGUUCUCAUCUUAACAUUAAUGCAAUGAAUUCCAAUUACCUUUUGCAACCUAAUCAAGAUUGUAAUGAAAAGUCAUUAUCAUUUGAAUUUGUAUCUCAAUUACUUGACGAUAAUGACAACCUUUCUCAUCGGCAUGUUCUACCUAAUAAUGUUUUUGUACUUUAUCAUAAGCAAAUUGAUGUUAAGAAAAUCUAUUAA